AUGCAGUCGCUGCCAGACGCGCGAUCGCAAAGCUUCGAGGAGCUCUAUGGGCCCCCCGAGAACUUCCUGGAGAUCGAGGUCCGAAACCCCAUGACACACGGUGUCGGCCGUGGCAUGUACACGACGUACGAAAUCGUUAUGCGCACCAACAUCCCCGCCUUCAAGCUCAAGUCGUCGACGGUACGCCGUCGCUACAGCGAGUUUGAGGCUUUCCGCGACAUCCUCGAGCGCGAGUCGGCGCGCGUUACAAUACCACCGCUGCCGGGCAAGGUGCUCACCAACCGCUUCUCGGACGAUGUCAUUGAGCACCGACGCGAAGGGCUCCAGCGCUUCCUCCAGAUUGUCGUGGGCCAUCCGUUGCUGCAGACGGGCAGCAAGGUGCUGGCUGCCUUUGUGCAGGACUUCAUCCUAUCGCAGACAGUACUUGUAGUCAUGGGCAUCCCGUCACAACCAGCGUCCAACGCCAUCAUCUACCUUACCCUGGGCGCUUUCCUAGUGCUAGGAUGUUACGUCGCAUGGCGAUUGCGACACCAGUCCAAGACCGAAUGGCUGUCUAGUAACCGCACACAAAAGGGUUAG